ACUGCUGCAGGUGCCGACCCCUUGCUGAAGAACGAUCUGGGCCACACGCCGCUGAGUUACGCACGAGACGGAGAGCUGAGCGCAGUGCUGAGGGACGCACAGGACACGUUUGCGGAGGCGCAGCGGAAGCGUGAGGCAGAGGAAAGGAGGAAGUUUCCCCUAGAGCGUCGACUGAAGGAGCACAUCAUCGGACAGGAAGGAGCCAUUAAUACGGUGGCAUCAGCCAUCAGGAGGAAGGAGAACGGCUGGUAUGAUGAAGAGCAUCCGCUCGUCUUCCUCUUCCUGGGCUCGUCCGGAAUCGGUAAAACUGAACUGGCCAAGCAGGUUGCACGAUACAUGCACAAAGACAUCAAGAAGGGUUUCAUCCGCAUGGACAUGUCGGAGUUUCAGGAGAAGCAUGAGGUGGCGAAGUUCAUCGGGUCUCCUCCAGGUUAUGUUGGUCAUGAUGAAGGUGGUCAGCUCACCAAGCAGCUGAAGCAGAGUCCCGGCGCUGUGGUUCUGUUUGAUGAGGUGGAGAAAGCCCACCCAGAUGUGCUGACCGUCAUGCUGCAGCUCUUCGAUGAGGGUCGUCUGACUGACGGGAAGGGGAAAACCAUCGAGUGUAAAGACGCCAUCUUCAUCAUGACCUCAAACGCAGCCAGUGAUGAGAUUGCUCAGCAUGCACUGCAGCUCAGACAGGAAGCACAGGAGCAGAGCCGACGGCGGCUGGCGGAGAAUCUGGAUGAUGUGCAGAAGAGUGAGAACAUCACCAUCUCCAACACCUUCAAAGAGCAGGUGAUCCGGCCGAUACUCAAGGCUCAUUUCAGACGGGACGAGUUUUUGGGCCGGAUUAACGAGAUCGUGUACUUCCUGCCGUUCUGCCACUCAGAGCUCCUCCAGCUGGUCAGCAGAGAGCUGCACUACUGGGCCAAAAAGGCCAAGCAGAGGCACAACAUCACCCUGCUGUGGGAGCAUCCUGUGCUGGAGCUGCUGGUUAAAGGAUAUAACCUGCAUUACGGCGCUCGAUCCAUCAAACAUGAGGUGGAGCGGCGUGUAGUGAAUCAGCUAGCCGCAGCGUUCGAGCAGGAGUUGUUACCCAAGGGUUGUACUCUGCGUCUGACGGUGGACAGAGACUCUCAGCACACAGACGGAGCUGCAGUCCUGCAUCUGGAGCUGCUGCAGGAGGACAAAACCAGCCGAAAACUGGAGAUCCAGCCACCGCUCAACCCUCAGGACACCGCGCACACACCCCGAAACCAAUGAGCCCUUAGGAAGAGCUCACACACACAGAGAGAGACACAGACAUGGAUGCAGACAGAAUCACUGUAAGAAUCACAGACAGUCAUAGACAGAAUCACUCACAAAAUCACUAAAAGUCACAGACAAAGACAGAAGUACAUUAGGAGUCAUUGAAUGAAUCACAGACAGAGACAGUAUAAUAGGUGAAGUCACAGACAGACUUGCAGACAGUCGCAGACAAAGACAACAUCACAUUUAGAGUCAAUGACAGAGACCGACAGGAUCGUGGACACAGACGGAAUCACAGAUACAGACCGAACAACAGACAAAGUCACUGACAGACUUGCAGACAUUCGCAAACAAAGACAAAAUCACAUUCAGCGUCCACAGACAGAGUUACAGGGUCAUAGACACAGACCGAAUGACGUACAGAAUCACAGACGUAGACAGAACUAAGAUAGACACAGGAAUGGACAGACAAAGACAGAAACACAGAUAGUCAUGGAAAUAGACAUUGACAGAAUCACAGACAGACAAAGACAGAAUCACUGACACAAAAACAGACAAAGACAGAAUCACAGACAGAGUCACAGUGUCAUAGACACAUACCAAAUCACAGACAGAAUCACUGACAGACAUGACCUGAGUCACAGGCAGACACAGACAGAGACAUUAAUAGACAGACAAAGACAGAAUCACAGAAAUGAACAAAGACCGAAUCACAGACACAGAAAUGGACAAAGACAGAAUUACAGACACUGAACGGACAGACAAAGAUCUAAUCACAGACAUAGAAACAGACAAAGACAGAAUCACAGAAAUGGACAGAAUUACAGACACAGAAACAGACAGAAUCACAGAAAUGGACAGACAGAAACAGACGAAGACACAGAAAUAAACAGUCAAAAACCGAAUCACAGACACUAAAAUGGACAAGGACAGAAUCACAGAAAUGGACAGACUAAAACAGAAUCACAGAAACAGAAAGACAAAGACUCACAGAAAUGGACAAUGACAGAAUCACAGACAGAAACAGAUGAAGACAGAAUCACAGACAGUCACGGAAGUUAACAGACAAAGACAGAAUCACAGACACUGAGAGGACAGACUAAGAUCUAAUCACAGACAUAGAAACAGACAAAGAAAGAAUCACAUAAAUGGACAGACACUGACAGAAUCACAGACAGAAACAGACGAAGACAGAAUCACAGACAAUGAAAUGAGCAGACAAAGACCGAAACACAGACACUGAAGUGAACAAGGACAGAAUCACAUACAGAAACAGACAAAGACAGAAUCACAGACAGUCAUGGAAAUGAACAGACAAAGGCAGAAUCACAGACACAGAAAGGACAGACAAAGACCUAAUCACAGACACUGAAAUGGACAGCCAAAGACAGAAUCACAGACAGAAACAGCAAAAAACAGAAUCACAGACAGAAACAGACAAAGACCGAAUCACAGACAGUCACGGAAAUGAACUGACAA